GCAAAGUGCGGCUAGCUUUUAGCAGGCUAACACGCUGCUCAACGCGCUUUGGCUGCCUGUCACCGCAAAGUAAAGACAUGAAAGGGUGUGGAGCGUACGAAAGAUGAAGCCGGCACGUCCAGGGGAAUGAUAUUCACCGGCUUUGCCUCUGGAAAAGAGGAUAAGCAGACGUAAAGAAACACGGAAGUGUCGUUGAAGCUUCCAGCAGCCACAGACACAAUGAGUGCCAAAUAUGGUCUGGUGGGCUACAACAGUUCACGGAAGCACAUCUCCAUCUCCAUCCCCUCGUCUACAGAGGUGAUGUCGCCCCACAUUAAGUCUGUGGAGGAGCUAAGGGUUCUGGGAAUCAACCUGAGCAGCUUCAGUGCACCCACACAGUUCUUCAUCUGUGUGGCUGGAGUCUUCCUCUUUUACCUUGUCUAUGGGUACUUGCAGGAGUUGAUAUUUUCCGUGGAAGGAUUCAAGCCUUUUGGUUGGUACCUCACUCUGAUCCAGUUUGGCUUCUACUCCAUGUUCGGACUAGUAGAGCUUCAGCUCACACAGGACAAACGCAGGAGGAUACCAGGGAAGACCUAUAUGAUCAUAGCCUUUCUAACAGUGGGCACUAUGGGCCUGUCCAAUACCUCACUGGGCUACUUGAACUACCCUACACAGGUCAUCUUCAAGUGUUGUAAACUCAUCCCAGUCAUGAUUGGAGGAGUGUUUAUACAAGGUAAACGCUACAAUGUGGCUGAUGUGUCUGCUGCUCUCUGCAUGAGUCUGGGACUCAUCUGGUUUACCCUAGCUGACAGCAAAGUGGCCCCCAACUUCAAUGUGACAGGUGUCCUCCUCAUCUCCCUGGCGCUGUGUGCAGAUGCUGCAAUUGGGAACGUGCAGGAGAAAGCCAUGAAACUCCACAAUGGCUCCAAUUCUGAAAUGGUGCUGUACUCAUACUCCAUUGGGUUUGUGUACAUCCUGACAGGCCUGCUCUGUGUGGGUGGACUGGGGCCAGCAGUAGCAUUCUGCUCAGAGCAUCCUGUGAAGACAUACGGUUAUGCAUUCUUCUUCUCUCUAACGGGUUAUUUUGGAAUCUCCUUCGUGCUGGCCUUAAUCAAACUCUUUGGUGCCCUGGUUGCUGUGACAGUGACCACCGGGAGAAAGGCCAUGACUAUCAUACUUUCCUUCAUGUUCUUCUCCAAACCUUUCACUUUUCAGUACGUCUGGGGUGGCCUUCUGGUGCUCUUUGGCAUCUUUCUGAAUGUUUACAGUAAAAACAAAGAUAAAAUUACGCUUCCCUCUAUCAAGGACCUCAAAGGCUGGCUGCUGACAGGAAAGAAAGUCAGAUUUCUCUCACAAAACGUGUAGGAGGCACCUGCAAGUAUUGCGGAAGUCUUGCACAGGGAGGCUGCUUCAGUCUGCCACUUCAAGUGGAGUGUCGGCCUACAUUUCUCAGGGGAUAUGCUGAAGCAUGUGCCUGAGCUCAGGGCCACAUCACUCCCGACGUCCAGCCAAGGAUGUGUAUACAGGGUUUGACCUCCAAUCAGCCUUACAGACAGCUGACAUGAUUUAACGACAAAUGAGGGAGUUGCUGUAUCCCGUCUGUCUACCAGUAUACCACUGGUUAACUGAUAUGACACUAUCUGCAGCAAGAAACUGGAACUGUGUUUUAAAAGGGGAUCAAUGCCUUGUGGGAUCUUGUAAAGCGAUGCUUCAGAGCCCCACAAAAACAUUUUCAACAUGGAGUACAACACUGAGGACAUAUAAGACUCUCUAAAGGGAAGCCAGCUCCUCAGUUAACCAAAUUGCACAGUUUUGCACUGGAACUGACUCAAAACACUUAAACCCUUGAGUGAUUGUGACAAAAAUGAAAUGUUUUGAAGGAAAGAGCACAGAGAGACAUGUUGAUGUGUGUCAUGUCUGAAAUGAUUGUCGCCCACCCUAACUGAAAAAUACAUAUUGAUUAAAAAGCAUAUUUGUCCCCACAUGUGCCAGAAAGAUAGAACAAAACUUUGUUUUACAUAAUCAUUGUCUUUAUAAAAGUGUUUUUCAUAGUUUAUUGGUAAUUCAUGACUAUAUCCUAAUUAAUGAAAAAUAUGUGAUCACAUGAUAACAUUUUGGGGAAUGCGGAGUCAUUUGCUCUUCUAUACAUCAACAACUGCCAUAAGUUGCUGACCAUACCUUUGGGAGAAAGGGUACAACUGUUUUUACAAUAAAGUAUGUAUUUAGUAA